UAACUUUUGACAUAAAUGGCGGAGGAACUAUUAGUAGAAAAAGCUGCAACGUUCAGCACGCAUCUUACAAAGUCAUUGCUGGCAGUGGCUUUUCUGUCCUCAUUUGGAAGCUCCAUGCUCUACGGCUACAAUUUGGCAGUCGUCAACUCUCCGGCACAGUACAUCAAAGACUUCUACAAUGAGACGCUGGUGGAAAAUUACGACUGGACUGUAGACGAGGAGCUCCUCACCGUCUUGUACUCCCUCACCGUGUCCAUCUUUGCUAUUGGCGGGAUGUGCGGGGCCCUGCUGGUGGGCAAACUUGUUACCAAAUAUGGAAGGAAAGGGACGCUGGUGAGAGCCUCGGUGCUGGUGUUUAUAGGAGCAGCUCUAAUGGGCUUCAGCAGAGGGUGCAGGAUGCCUGUGAUGGUCAUUCUUGGACGCUUCAUUGUAGGAGUACACUCAGGUAUCUCUCUCAGUGUGGUGCCCAUGUACCUCGGUGAGAUUGCCCCAAAGAACCUUCGAGGUUUUCUUGGCCUGGUUCCCAGCAUUCACAUUUGUCUCGGAGUCUUCUGUGCUCAGGUUCUGGGACUGCAUGAGCUUCUGGGAAAGGAAAAACACUGGCCUCUGCUCCUUUCCCUGAUAGUGUUUCCAACUUUGGUCCAGUUGAUGCUGUUGCCAUGGUUUCCAGAGAGUCCACGGUACCUGUUGAUAGAGAAGGGAAAUGUUCAUGCCACCAUCGCAGCCCUAAAGUGGUUCCGUACUAAAGGCAACAUCCAGACAGAGGUUGAGGAGAUGCAGGAGGAGCAGCGCUCUCUGUCCUCAGUUCAAACCCUCUCCGUCCGCGGCCUGCUCGCAGACCGCUGUGUUCGCUGGCAGGUCAUCACCAUUUCAGUGGUCAACAUCGGCAUGCAGCUGUCCGGAAUUGACGCAAUCUGGUUCUACACCAAUGAAAUAUUUAAGAACGCAGGAAUCCCAGACCCUUACAUUCAGUACACCACAGUGGGAACUGGUGCCAUUGAGGUCAUCUCUGGGAUGCUCGGGUGUUUCACGAUCGAGCGUCUGGGCAGACGACCUCUGAUGAUCGGCGGCUUCCUUUUUAUGGGACUCUGCUGUUGUGGGAUCACAGUGUCUAUCCUCUUUCAGACACAGCUGUCCUUCAUGCGCUACAUCAGUGUGGCCUGCGUCGUUGGAAUAAUUGCUGGCUUCUGCAUAGGUCCAGCUGGUGUGCCAUUCCUGAUCACUGCUGAGCUCUUUAAGCAGUCUCACCGGCCAGCAGCCUACACGGUGGCAGGAUGUCUCAACUGGAUGUCCAACUUCACCAUUGGCUUUGUCUUUCCUUUCCUAGAGAUCGCUACAGGUCCUUACUGUUACCUGAUCUUCUGUGCGAUCUGCUUGGGAGUGGCCGUCUACACCAUCUUCAUUAUCCCUGAGACCAAGAACAAAACCUUUAUGGAAAUCAGCCAGAUGUUUGCUGUCAAGAACGACAUACUGAAGGAAGAGUUGACUAGUAAUGGCCUUCUCAAAUUAGCCAUGAUGAACGGCUAUGGAACCCUUGAAGAGGAAAAAAUGAAGUCAUGA